AUGGCCACAUCAAAGAAUUCUGUAACAAGACAGCCACGAAACUCAACAUCUCUAACCACGUUCACCUUAUUUCCGAAGCUUGUCCCGGAACUUCGAUCGAUGAUCUGGGAGCUGGCGAUUUUCAACGACCCCAGAAAUAUCAUUGUUGGGAAGCAUUGGCUAUGUUACAAACGAGAAGGCCGCCCAAAAGUGAUCGAAGACUUCGGAUAUAAGUGCAUAAGCACUGUACCGACGGUCCUUCGUACUUGCACGGAAGCUCGCACUGUAGGAUUGAAAUACUACAAGCUGCUGGAGUGGGCUCCAGACCUUUCGAAGGGAAAAGUACGAUUAGUUGGAGUACCUGAGUAUCCGGCCAGAACGUAUAUAAACUGUAAAGUUGACAGGAUCGUCAUACACGACCUCGCGAAAUUUUGGUCCUUACUUGGGGAUUCCUUUGAUGAUGAAGCUGGAAGGGUAAAUGGCUUCAAAAAACUCCACGAUGAUGACCGGAGUGCUGUGUACGAUCUUAACCAGAACUCAUCGAGGCUGGCGUGA